AUUUUCGGCGCUCAGUGUACUCCCAGACACGUUGAUCGGCAGACCUCUGUGAACACAAAGUCUACGUUAAAUUUUCGAAAAACAACGUUACGUAACCACAAAUACGUACUUUGAAGUUUUCAAUUUUUUAUUUCACUCGUUUAAGUUUCAACAGAAAAUAACCAUGAAAAUAGACGUAGCGAAAUUAAUAAUUGAAGUCAGCAAACAUCCAGAGAUCUACAACCCAGAUCAUAAGGAUUUUUCUAAUAAAGAAAUAAGAAACAAAAUUUUCAAUACCGUCAUCAAAAAAGAUAUGAAUGGUAUAAAUGGCAAAACUCUGCAGCGCAAGUGGGACCAAAUAUUAAACAAGUAUGCUAAUUUUAUUAGAAAACUGAGCAACGACGAUUCGUCUGAAAGGGUUUUGGAACGAUUCAUGAAAUGGCCGUGGACGAAGCCUAUGCGUAUCUUUAAGCCAUAUGUUCGCAAACAAUUCCAAAUUCCGGAAUUCCGAUCCGCGACACAGCUAACACCCGGCAUGAAUAUGCCACAUAUCCCGAUUACAGCUCUCCAGCCUAUGCACAUAAUAAGCGGACAGUCUAACGAUGACGCGACUUCUGGCUCCGAAUUUCCGUUCCCGCUACCCACCGGGCAGGGGCCAGAACUGCAGGGUGCCGGUUUUGUAGGACAGCUUCCGAUAGUUCAAUACUCACAUACGCUGCCGACAUCGACAAGCUAUGAAGGACUUUCAAAUGCAAACUCGACGCCAGCAAAUUCGAGACCUGCCGCAAACACUCAACUCACGCACCCGAUACCGGAGCCUACCCUCGAGAUACCACGCGUGAGUCCCGUGGAUAUCAUGGAAAUCCCGGUCAUGUCCAAUAUUGGGUUCAUGGGUCCCGAGUUCAUAGUGCCAGCGUCACGAUUGCCGCAGUUUUUGGAAAACUUGAACGGCAUAAUGUCGCCGUCAUCGCCGCACCGUAGUUCUAACGACGAGGAUGAAGCUUUCAAUAACCAGCUGGGCAGAAGUAUCACCGCCGCCAUUCAAAGGAUGAUCGGCCGGUUCCCCAACGACGAAGUAAACAACGAAGAAGAAGAAGACGAUGACGACGACAAUGACGAUGACAAUUCAGCAGAUGACGAGAUUGCGACAGACGAGGAGGAGGUGUCACCGGAAGAUGCUGGGCCGUCCGGUGUCAAGAAGAGACGGAUGGAGUCCAGCGAAGGCAGUGAAAAAGGCGAAGAAGGUAACACAGAAGCUGACGGCGAUACAAGCUGCACAGGAGAUGACGAAGAUGACGGUCAGUCGGACGUUCUACCUGAACUGCCACAGCCCAAGCCGGAUGUCAAGAAAGGACCGGCGGAUUUUAGUGCACAGGAGCACAUAUUUCUCGCCUGGGCCAAGACGAUGAGCACAUUUACGGCCAAACGACAGGCGACAAUUAAGAUGCAAAUCAACAAAAUUAUGUCCGAGGCUGAAUUCGAAGAUUUGGAUGACGAGUUUUUUGCAGCUAACAGAAAGCCCCGUCGGCCUAUUUACACUUCGCGCUAUUGAAUAAAUCGUUUGUUUAAAUCCGGCUAGAGGUUUAGGCCUCAGAAGUCAUUCCACGGAACUCUCUCC